AUGACUGCUAGUGCCAUAGCUGUUGGAGCAGCGACAGAAGUUGUUGGCAACUCUACUAAUAAUGAAAUCUUGGAAAGUGAUGCAGCUAUUGAUGGAAUUACUUGUGGUGUUUCAGAAGCUCUUGGAGGUUUACAAAUUAUUGGAAAGAUUACAGCUAUAAAUUCAGACCGUAAUAGGUUACAAGAGGUUUUCGAAGGGGAAUAUAAUACCUCAAAACUUUUCACUAUGCAGCCUUCAUCAUUCGAAUACCUUUUGUUAAUUAUCUUUAAUAUAAUAAAACAGACCCUACAGAGAUUGGCUCCGGAGGGUUUUAAACGUGAAUGGAAGGAUGCGUGGAAGGAUACUUUAUGU